UUGAGCUGGGGCCGGGGGCCCGAGCGCCAUGGGCCAGAGGGCGAGCAGUGGGCGGUUGGUCAGCCCCGGGCCUCACCCCCGCGGGAGAGCUGCCUGGAGUCGGUGGGGGCCGGCCAGACCCGCGGGGAGGCCGGCCCAUGCCCCCUGAACUACGGAUACCAGCCUCACCUUUUCCCCAGAGCCUGGACUCCCCUUAACUGCCGGGGAGAUGUGACCUUUACUCUGGGGGGCUGGUCCAGUAAGCCCCAGCCUUCCCUCAUCCCUGAGGAGCCCCUUGGGCUUUUGACUGACUCUCCCCCCAGGCCAGGCUCUGGAAGCUGGCCCCUGGGACUGGGCCCUGGGCACCUGCACCAGCCCCACCUGUGCCUGGGCUUUGGCCCUUCCCUACAGGGCACUGACCAUGGCCCCACCACUCCUGCUGCUGCUGCUGGCCAGUGGAGCGGCUGCCUGCCCACUGCCCUGCGUCUGCCAGAACCUGUCCGAGUCGCUCAGCACCCUCUGUGCCCACCGAGGCCUGCUGUUUGUGCCGCCCAAUGUGGAUCGGCGUACAGUGGAGCUGCGGCUGGCGGAUAACUUCAUCCAGGCUUUGGGGCCACCAGACUUCCGCAACAUGACGGGGCUGGUGGACCUAACACUGUCCCGCAAUGCCAUCACUCGCAUUGGGGCCCGCGCCUUUGGGGACCUCGAGAGCUUGCGCUCCCUGCACCUGGAUGGCAACAGGCUGGUGGAGCUGGGCACUGGCAGCCUGCGGGGGCCUGUCAACCUGCAGCACCUCAUCCUGAGCGGCAACCAGCUGGGCCGCAUUGCACCAGGGGCCUUUGACGACUUCCUGGACAGCCUGGAGGACCUGGACCUGUCCUACAACAACCUGCGGCAGGUGCCCUGGGCCGGCAUUGGUGCCAUGCCUGCUCUGCACACCCUCAACCUGGACCACAACCUCAUUGAUGCACUGCCUCCAGGCGCCUUUGCCCAACUCGGCCAACUCUCCCGCCUUGACCUCACCUCCAAUCGCCUGGCCACACUGGCACCUGACCCACUCUUCUCCCGGGGGCGCGACUCCGAGGCCUCGCCUGCCCCCUUGGUGCUGAGCUUCAGUGGGAACCCCCUGCACUGCAACUGUGAGCUGCUGUGGCUACGGCGGUUGGCCCGGCCCGACGACCUGGAGACAUGCGCCUCCCCACCAGGCCUGGCUGGCCGCUACUUCUGGGCAGUGCCUGAGGGCGAGUUCUCCUGUGAGCCACCCCUCAUCGCCCGCCACACACAGCGACUCUGGGUGCUGGAGGGCCAGCGGGCCACACUGCGGUGCCGGGCCCUCGGAGACCCUGCGCCCACCAUGCACUGGGUUGGCCCUGAUGACCGGCUGGUAGGCAACUCCUCCCGAGCCCGAGCUUUCCCCAACGGGACCCUGGAGAUUGGGGUGACGGGCUCUGGGGACGCAGGGGACUACACCUGCAUUGCCACCAACCCUGCUGGUGAGGCCACAGCCCAUGUAGAGCUGCGGGUGCUGGCCUUGCCCCAUGGUGGGAACGGCAGUGCUGAAGGGGGCCGCCCUGGGCCCUCGGACAUUGCUGCCUCAGCCCGCACUGCUGCCGAGGGCGAGGGGGCACUAGAGUCUGAGCCAACCGUGCAGGUGACAGAGGUGACUGCCACCUCAGGGUUGGUGAGCUGGGGACCUGGGCGGCCAGCAGACCCCGUGUGGAUGUUCCAAAUCCAGUACAACAGCAGCGAGGAUGAGACCCUCAUCUAUCGGAUCGUCCCAGCCUCCAGCCACCACUUCCUGCUGAAGCACCUAAUCCCUGGUGCCGACUAUGACCUCUGCCUGCUGGCCCUGUCACCUGCCGCUGGGCCUUCCGACCUCACGGCCACCAAGCUGCUGGGCUGUGCCCACUUCUCAACGCUGCCAGCCAUGCCCCUGUGCCACACCCCGCAGGCCCACAUGCUGGGCGGGACCCUGACUGUGGCCGUGGGGGGUGUGCUUGUGGCUGCCUUACUGGUCUUCACUGUGGCCUUGCUGGUUCGGGGCCGGGGGGCUGGAAAUGGCCGUCUUCCCCUCAAGCUCAGCCACGUACAAUCCCAGACCAAUGGAGGCCCCAGCCCCACGCCCAAGACCCACCCGCCGCGGAGCCCCCCACCUCGCCCCCAGCGAAGCUGCUCCCUGGACCUGGGAGACACCAGUGGAUGCUAUGGUUAUGCCAGGCGCCUAGGUGGGGCCUGGGCUCGACGGAGCCAUUCUGUGCACGGGGGACUGCUCGGGGCAGGGUGCCAGGGGAUGGGGGGCAGUGCGGAGCGGUUGGAAGAGAGUGUGGUAUGAUGGGAAGGGAGUCAGCCCAGGGUGGAGGGCACGGGGCAGGCAGUCACCUGGCCUGGGUGGGUCAGCACUGUUGGGAGUCCAUCUCAGUUUUACCCUCGGUACCUCAGGCCCCCUUGUGCUUGGCAGGACAGGGGGCCCUUCCCCUGCUUCUGGCCAACUGACAGGCAUAAGGGGACAGGUCCCUCUGACAGGUGCUCACCGCCACCAAGGCAGGGGCUGCAGCCACCAAGCGGGAGUCUUGUUUUUCUUUAUAAUAAAAUUGUUGGGGACACCUCA